UUCUAUACGAUUACAUUUCCAAUGCUUUCUAUCCUUAAAAAAUUUUCCCAAAUUUUCCUCGCCCGAGAGGAGCUCCCAGUCCACGAGCACACCCCCAUAGCUGAUAUGUUCGCCCUCUACCCCAUAGAAAGCGUCAUAGUAAUGACGCGUGGCUUAGAGCUGGGUAUGGCCAGCAGCACCAUCCUGUUGGCACAUUGUUUGUAUAUAGUAAUCUGCAAUAUUCCUUCUAGUGGGUUUAUCGAGCCAACCGAAGCGACUCUCAUAGACAGGGCAUUGCUACUACUUUGUAUUCUGCGUAUCAUAAUCGCCUUACCAAGGCCCCUAUUCUGGCUCAGGACAAGACGGGAUUUCAUAGAGGCGCGUUACUUAUCAACUCCUCAGCAGAUCACAGCACGUUUGUUGGACAUAUAUUCACAUCCAUUUAAAAUAGAGAGAAUACUCCUAUUUACCUACUACACGUGGUUGGCAUGUGUCACCGCUCUAUUGUGUCUACUACCGAUAUCGUUUCCACACAAUAUUGAAUUCGCCAAGACGUUAUGGCGACAUUUGUUGUUGAACUUGGCAUCGUUGGUGUUCCACAGAGUAGCUUGUGUGAGUUUAUUCUACUGGUUAAUGGAGUCAGAGUUUAAACGUGGCAUCCCGGCAGAAAUCCUUGAUAGAUUCACUGACGUGACAGUUUAUCAUAGCGGAUGGUUAUCAAAUUUGAUAUGCACCGAAUCAAAUGGGAGUAGUCGAGAAAACGAAGUGGUUGUGAAAGACCAUCGGUACAGCAGCAACGACUGCGCGAUUUGUUAUACAGAUUUCCAAGAUGGUGACAGAAUACGCGGCUUACGGUGUGGUCAUGAUUUCCACGCCGCUUGUGUUGAUAUGUGGCUGUUGGAGCAUCAAAAUAGAUGCCCACUUUGUCUGCGCUUGGUUGGCCCGAUGGUUUCCAUUAAAAGAUGAUAAUAAGUUUCGCUGUUAUCCGUACUAUUCAUUUCAUCCGAGUUUUCACCAUCAAUUCUAACAGUCAUUUCC